UUAAAGCUUUUUCUGUGAAUGUCCCUGUGCUCAGCAGGCCCGGCUGCUGACAGCACCGUUUCAGGCACCUGCCUCCUACUGCCGGAUUCCUCCGGUGCCCAGUGGUGGGACCAGCUCCGGCACUCGGGAGCAGCGGCAGUGGCCCCGGAGGAUGGCCUCCUGCCUGUGCCUUUGAAGUUUUGCACAAGGACGACUGCUGCGGGGACACAUGGCUACGGCUAGCAAGGGCAGCAAGGUGAAGGGGGGGGGCGUGCGCUUCGCCCCCAGCCAGCUCGCUGAGGGGGCCCACGGCCACGUGCACUUCGAUGAGAAGCUCCACGACUCGGCGGUGAUGGUGACGCAGGAGAAGGACGGCAGCUUCCUCGUCAAGGUGGGAUUCCUGAAGAUCCUCCACAAGUACGAGAUCACGUUCCUCCUGCCCCCGGUGCAGAGGCUGGGGAAGGAUGUCUGUGCCGUUCCCCUCCCCAACAUCAACCUCCGAGUCAUCAGCAUCACCUCCCUGCCAGAAGGCUACAGCGUGAAGUGCGAGUACACGGCGCACAAGGAGGGGGUCCUGAAGGAAGAGAUGGUCCUGGCCAGCGAGGCCGGCGAAGGCGCCUGCAUCAAGGUGGUGGUCCAAGCCCGUGUCAUGGACCGGCACCACGGCACGCCGAUGCUCCUGGACGGGGUGCGCUGCAUCGGCGCAGAGCUGGAGUACGACUCGGAGCAGAGCGACUGGCAUGGCUUUGACUAGCCCCCCCCCCCGCCCCUCCCGCUGCCUGCGUGGCUCCUGAGGACGAAGCUCAAAUUUAAAAAAGAAAAAAAACAAACCCCAAACCCCCUCACCCCAUGUCGGCAGGUCCUGGGGGCUGCAGCUCUGUGGACACCAUGGAGCUGGGGGGGCAAGCUGCUGCUUCCCCAGCUGCGGCCACCACUGCUGCCAUGCACACAGCGUGCCCACCCUCCCUGCUGUAGGGUCGGGGGGGUCCCUGAAGCGCAGGAGGGACUCCACGAAUGCUGGAGCAUCUCUUGCUGGAACCUUGGGGAGGGAUCCUGCUUGCUGCCUCCAGCUGCUCUUGCUGCUUUCCCCUUGCUUUUAUCCCCAGGAGAGGGGACGGUUGGGGGGUGGCGGAGCCUCAGCUGAGCCCCCCGGGGUGGAAUUUUGCCUCUUGGGGUGUGGAGCUGAGAUGGGCCAAGGGAGGAUCUGGCAGCAGGAGGGAAGCUGGGUCCCCAGCAGCUCCGGCACUGGUGCCUGUGUCCCUGUGGCAGAGCCUGUCCCUGUCCUCACGUCGCAGCCAUUGCCUUGGUCUCCUUCCAUUUUGCUUUUUUCUCUCCUCUUUUUUUUUUUUUUUUUUUUCCCCUGGUAAGACCCAUGGUACAAGGACCAGGAGAAGUGGCUCAGUUUUGAAAGCAACAGGAGGCUUUAUGUGCCUAUAUAUAUAUAUAAAUAUAUAGAUAUAUAUAUACACAUCUAUGUGUAUGUGUGGGGUUUUUUUGACGUACAAAAAUCUGUAGAGGUAAAUAAUAAACUUCAGCUGAGAAGGG